GUCACCACAGAGACGAUGGCCUGGCUGCUCUGCUUCACCUGUGUCCUGCUCUGUGGCCCAGAGCUGCUGCUGGGGAAACCCUCAGAAUACCGGCUGGAGUCAGAGACCCUGAGUCAGUGUGAGUCACUGAGGGGCGUGGCUGUUGCCAAGCAACAAGAUGUCGUCCCUCAGUGUUCAGAGGACGGCAGGUUCAGGCCCGUGCAGUGCAGUGGGCGGGGUCAGCAGCAGUGCUGGUGUGUGGACGCUGAAGGUCAUGAAAUCCUAGGAAGUCGAACCAACGGCUCCGCUCUUCACUGUCUGUCCCCCUGUCAGCUGCAGUCUCUCCUGCAUUGUUCUCCUUCAGGCCUCUUUGAAGCAGUUCAGUGUGACUCCAGCAGGGGGCAGUGCUGGUGUGUGGAUCAGGACGGCAUGGAGCUCUACGGGACCAGACAGCGCGGCAGACCUCAGCGCUGUCCUGGCAGCUGUGAGGUGAGAGGGAGGCGGCUCCUCCACGGCGUCGGCUCUGCGUCUCCUCCUCAGUGUGACAGAGACGGAAGCUUCCUGCCCGUUCAGUGCAAACUCAUCAACAUGACGGACAGAAGAGAAGUGGACCUGCUGCACACCUUCAACAGGUUCCCAGAAUCCUUUGAGACGUUCAGUAGUUUCAGGAAGAAUUUCCCGCUGGUUUCCUCAUACUGUUACUGUUCUGACAGCAGGGGGCGAGAGCUGGACAACACAGGUGUGGAGCUCCUCUUGUCAGAGGUGGACGACUCUGUGUCCCUCAGUCUUGGCUCUGUUCGCUCCUGGGAUCAGACCCACAUCUACAGAGUCCUGCAGAGGAGGAUGCUGGGAGUUCGCCUCGUCCUCAGCGGCGUCUUCAGAUGUCCCUCCCCCUGUGAGGUGGAGCGGGAGGCGGGGUCAGCAGCGUCCUCUGUUUUUGUCCUGUCAUGUGAGAGCGGAGGAGCUUUCAGUUCCAGGCAGUGCCAGCAGGGGGGGCAGUGCUGGUGUGUGGACCCGACAGGAAGAGAAGUUCCUGGAAGUCGACAGUUUGGAGACUCUUUGAUCUGCAGUUCAGAUCACGACUGUCUGUCUCAGCGUCGUCUGGCUUUGUCCCGCCUCUUCUCUGGUCCUGUGGCACCGCCCCCCUCUAUGACCUCCUCUCCUCCAGCUUCCUGUCACACGUUGCUCCGCCCCCUCCAGAACCUGUUGUCGCUGGAGGCGGACCCAGCCUUCCUGUCUCGCCUGGUCGAAGUCCUCCAUGGUCUCUUUCCCUCGGUGGGCGGAGCUCUGCAGACUCUACGCCGCGUCGCCCCCGGCCGCCUCCAGAAGGAGCUUUUUGGUGGGAAGUUUCUGACGAGCGCGGCGACCUUUAACCUGAGCGGCGCUGUGGGAUCUCGAGGAGCGGUCAGUGUGGAGUUGCUCUCCUCUCAGAAGAACCGGGACCUGGUCCAGUCCGUCAGCCGAGCGCUGGAGGACGCUGCCUUCCUCUCCGCCCUCCGGCACACGCUGACGGGACUCAGCGGCUCCCUCUCUCUGCAGCAGGUUCUGGUUCCUCUGCUGCGAUACUGCACUGCCCAAGAACAGAAAUACUCGGCGGCCGUCUUUGUGCCCAGCUGCACGUCCAGCGGCGGUUUCCAGGAGGUCCAGUGUCACGGCGGAGACUGCUGGUGUGUCGACCCUCGCGGUCAGGAGGUCACGGGGUCACGUACACCCGGUCGUCAGCCUCGUUGUCCUUCCCUCUGCGAGAGGGAGCGAGCGGCAGCGCUAAAGGUGAGAGGAAACAUGGCGGCCGGAGCUGAGCUCUACGUGCCGGCGUGCUCGCAGGACGGACACUUCCUGCCACUGCAGUGCGUCGGCUCACGCUGCUUCUGUGUGGACACCGACGGGAAAACCACAGCCGGACCGAGAGGGGACGCCAUCACCUGCGCAGGGCGGACGACUCCGUCAGUCUCAGGUGUGUGUUCUCAGGUGUCGUCUAAGGUCACGGCGUUCACAGAGCAUGUGCGGCGCGUCGUCACUCUCUCUCGCUCCUCCCACUUCCCUCUGGGAUACGGAUUCCUAUUGGCUGAAGGUCUGCGACUAAACCCGGACGAGCUGCACGUCGGCCAAUCAGAGGAGGCUCUGCAGAUCACCGAUGCUCUGCUGAGUCGCUCCAGAGCCGCACUUCGAUUGGCUGCGUACUCCACUGUCCACAUGUACCUGCCUCCUCAGCGUCGCUCCUACCAACCGUACACGCCACAAUGUGACGCCUCUGGAAACUGGAUACACACACAGUGUCACCACAGCACAGGUCAGUGUUGGUGUGUUGAUGAAGACGGACAGUAUGUCGCCAACUCUCUGAGCAGCCGCUCACUGAGGCUGCCCAAGUGUCUGAGUCGCUGUGAAAGAGCUCAGGCUCACUCUCUGCUCUCUGGUUGGACAAAAGCGUCUGACAUCACCGACGUGUUACCUCGUCCCCCACAGUGUGAGGAGGACGGCCGUUACUCUGUGCUGCAGACAGGAGGCGCUGUAGGCUCAUGUGUGAAUCCUAUGACUGGAGAAAUGAUGCAGGCGGCAACACAGAGCACAACUGGACAACUGACAUGUCCCAGCUGGUGUGACCUUCAGGGUCAACAGUGUCGUCCCGAUGGCUCCUUUGUCCCAUUGCAGUGUGAUGUCACUUCCUGUUGGUGCAUCUCUGUGGAUGGACAGGAAGUGGGCGGGACCAGGACGCCUCAACAGACAGGACAGACGCCAUCAUGUGAUCGUCCACUGUGUCCUCAUCCCGCCAUCACCUAUGGUGCACUGCUCUGCCACCCGGUGGUUGGUGGCCGUCAGAGCUGUGCCCUCGUCUGUCACCGUGGCUACCACAAUGCACUUCCUGUCAGCAGCUUCCUGUGUGAUUCAGAGAGCGGUGAAUGGGGUGGAGACUCCGCACCACUGGGCGGAGCCUGUCAGAUCUCUCGGCCUCUGCAGAUGAUGUCAUACUCUCAGCUCUGGUCGUUGUCGUCGCCAUGCUCUCAGAUCAGCAGUUUACAGUCUCUGCUGUUCAGCUCCAUGACCAGCAGGGGGCUCUGCUCCGUCCAGCUUCCUGUGUCGGGCUCCUUGGUGUCUGUGUGUGAUGAGUCUUCAGUGCGUCUGCAGUGUGACGGUGAUGAGUCUCUGAAGUUAACAGUGACAUGGACUGUUGCUCUGUCUGACCUCCCGACCUCUGACCUCCCCAACCUCCACGACAUUGUUCUCUUCUUGAACCAGUCCAAACUUCUGGAAGGAGUUCAGGGGCUUCUGGGUAAUAUCAAGUCCACACUGGUUUCCACAACAACACCAAACUUUAGUUGUGUCCAUGGUUACCACCUGACCAAUGACAGUGAAGGCUGUGUCGUUUGUCCUGCUGGGAGUUACUUCAGUAAGGGGGCGUGUCCUCUGUGUCCACGGGGAACCUAUCAGGAAGAAGAUGGGCGGGACCACUGCAACAAGUGUCCUCGUGGUUCCUCACCUGCUGGAGCGUCGUCUGUCAAUCAAUGUGUGACUGAGUGUCAGAGGCGGGGUCUGAGGUGUACAGUGCGAGGCCACUUCCUGUCAGCGCAGCCUGACUUCCUGUCUGGCAGGUGGAGGUGCUUCAACAGUGAGGGGGUGGAGCUUGAGUGGACCAGCAGCGAUAAAGCGUUGACAGAUGAGGAGUGUUCAGUUCUCAGCAGGUUUCAGGUGGUUGGGUCAGAUCUGAUCAUCAGAGCUGAAGACACUGACGUUCUGCAGACGAUGACCUCUGACCUCAGAGCCUGCCUCCAAGCAUGCGCAGAGGAGCUGCGCUGCCACCAUGUGGCGCUGUUCAACAGUCAGACUCAGUGUGAGCUGUACAGCACACACACACUGAACACACACUGCACCACCUCCCAACAGACCACUGGGUUUCUGGGUAAUCCUCGGGCCGAGGUCUUUGAUUGGCUGAGCUGCUCUAUGAAAGUGAGGGGUGGGGCUUCAGAUCUGCUGGUCUUCAGGAAGACAGGGGCGGAGUCUUCCUCCCGCUCAGUGAGGACUGUGAUGAUGAAGGCGGUCUCAGGUGUGUUCAGGACUCAGGUGUUCUCCUCUGGGCGGAGCUCUCUGUCCGACGUCCAUCGUUUCUGUCAGGACGGCUGCAGCCGUGACACCUGCUGCCACGGCUUCAUCCUCAACCACAACAGCCUGAGCGGAGGUUCUCUGCUCUGUGGUUGGCUGACAGCGCCGUCAGUCUUGAUGUGCGGGGACCAGGACUGGGACGUGAUUGGACAUGGAAAAGCCAAUCGUAUCUGUGGGGCGGGGCUUACGUACAACGAGCGACAGAAGAGCUUUGUUUUCAACUUUGGAGGCCAAGAGUUCAACAUCACGGACUCGGCUCUGUCCACCGUCUCCAAGAACAAAGAUUACCAGUCAUCUAUCGUCACUUUCCAAGCUGUUUACCUGAAUGCAGAUGCAGCUUCAUCAGACUCUGGCUCCUCUUCAUGUGCAGCAGCUGAAGUCUCUUCUUCUCUGGACAACUCGGUGCAGCUGAAGUUUGCGUCUCUAUCGGACGAUGACGUCGUCGUUGACCCUCAGAGGAAACUCUCUGCUCUGUCGUUCUGGCUCAACAAGAAGAACUACGACUCCCAGCAUGCUUUGCUCUGGUGUCUCACACGCUGUGAUGCUGAGUCACAGUGUCACGUCGCUGACCUCACAGAAGCUGACUCAGCAGCUUUCUUCAGCUGUACGUUGUUUCCUGACACUCGUGUGUGCGGAGCAUACGACAAACCGCUGAGACGAGCCUGUCGCCUCCUGCUGGACAGAGCACCAAACAACACCUACACCAAGACAGUGGACUUGUCAGGACCAGUGAAGAGUUUCUAUCAGAGAGUUUCCUUCCAGAAGAUGCUUUCUUACUCUGUUCGGAACAGAGUCAGCGUGACUGAGAACAACGGGGCUCUGACUCAGGGGUUCAGGGAGUGUGAGCGGCGUUGUGAUGAAGAUCCCUGUUGCCGUGGUAUCGGCUUUGUCCGAGACACCAAAUCUCCAGGUGUGGUGUGUGUGUCUCUGCUCAGUCUGGGUGUGCUGACGUGUGAUGAAGACGUGUCGUCGUCAUGGAAACCUCAGGACUGUCGACCGUCUGCUGUGAAAAGUUCACCUGAGCCGCUUGGCUGGUACUUCAAGCCAGUCAAUCAGUGGACGGCUGUCCCUGCUCUGUGUCCUGACUUUCACCUGUCUCCAACCAACGUGUCUCUGUCUGAGUGGCGUCUCCUUGGCGACUCGUCGGUCCUCGUCGACCCGUCCGUCUCCACGUACGACGUCGUCCACAUCAGCCGCGACGUCGCCACUGACGACAACAGGACCAGGGACUGGUGUCUCCAUGCCUGCCAGGGGGCGGAGUCUUGUGUCGCCGUGUCCCUCAGUGAGACGGAAUUCGCCACCCGCUGCGUCCUCUACCCGGACACCAGGGUGUGCGGGCUUAGCUCCGCCCCAGACUCAUCCAGACCUGCCUCCUCCUGCAAGUUGCUCAUCAAAGAACCCGCCCACAAGGUGUACCUGAGGACAGAGAAGUUGUCCAUGGUUACUAAGGUCUCCAUCCCAGGUCAUGGGAUCCUAGAGGGCGUUGCCGUGGAAACAGUCCUGAACUCAGAGCGGAGAUCAGUGGUUCAGUAUGUGGGCGUGCCCUACGCUCGUCCUCCAAUAGGAGCACUCCGUUUUGAGGAAGCACAGCCGGCUGAUUGGUCCGGAACCUGGAACGCAACCAGGCCACGUGACACCUGUCUCCAGCCUGGUGACGCAGCGUCAGACUCGUCCAGUGAAGACUGUCUCUACCUGAACGUCUUCUCACCUGCUGCUCAGGGGGGGCGUGUCCCAGUCCUGGUCUUCUUCUUCAACCCUUCAGCCAAUCAGAGCCCUGCACUACUUUAUGGCUCCACCCUCGCUGCCCUUGGCAACAUUGUUGUGGUAACAGCAAACUACCGGACAGCAGCAAUGGGAUUCUUGAGCACAGGCGACUCUCGUCUCCGUGGAAACUAUGGGCUGUCUGACCAGGAGGCGGUGCUUCGCUGGGUCAACAAGCACAUCUCUCUGGUGGGCGGAGACAACAGUCGAGUGACAGUGGGGGCGGAGCGUGGCGGUGCCGACAUCGCCAGCCUUCAUCUGGUCUCCUCGUCGUCUCCGCCUCUUUUCCACAGAAUGAUCCUGAUGGGCGGUUCCAUCUUCUCUCCGGCACUCGUUGACUCCGCCUCCUCCUCCAAACGCUUGACGUUGGACCUGGCGUCUGAACUGGGCUGUGUGACCUCUGACCUCGCCGCCUGCCUCAGAUCGGCGCCUGCUGACGCUCUUAACGCUGCUCAGACAAAGCUGAUGGCGGUCAGCGGUCCGUUCCGCUCGUGGUCACCACGGCGUCUGUCCACCUCGCCGCUGUCGUACCGCAGCGUGGAUCUGCUGCUGGGAUCGUCUGAGCACGACGGGCUGAUUGGCCGAGCGAGGAGGAUCAAGGACUUCGAGGUUCUUCAGGGUCGAGUCGACGCGAAGACGGCGUUUUAUGAAGCGCUGAGUCGCUCGCUGGGUGGAGAAACAGGAAGUGAGCGGCUGAAAGAGGCGGCGACCUGGUUCUACUCUCUGGAUCACAGCCCCACCCCCGCUGGAUACAACCUGUUCUCCAGAGUGCUCAACAACGCCACCAGAGACUUGUUCAUUACCUGUCCCAGCCUGCAGAUGGCGAGCUUCUGGGCCAACAACGACGCUAACGUCUUCCUGUACCACCUGCCUGCCAACAGCGCCCUCAACAGAGCCGACGUAUUUGUUCCUCUGGACGUUCAGUUUGUGUUUGGUGUUCCUCAUCAUCCAAUCAGCGCUCAGCGUUUCACCUCCUCUGACCGCCGCCUCUCUCUCGCCGUGAUGACUUACGUGUCCAGCUUCGUCAGGACGGGGAAUCCGAACCCAUCACAAGUGUGGGAGGAGUCAGUUCUGCCCCGCUGGCGUCCAGUUCAGUCCUCUGAAUCCCCGCCCACAUACCUGGAGAUGAGCCCCGCCCUUGUCCAACGUCGGGGUCUGCGUGAGAGAGCCUGUUCUUUCUGGAGCCACAUGGGGGCGACACUGAGCAGAGAGGCAGCUCGGCCGAGGUCAGAAUCUUUGACCCGACGAUCCAGAGAAGCCCGAUCAUCGAACCCAAGUCGAUACUGAGAAACGUCGGAACUGUGUCACAUGAUCUUUCAGCUCCACUUUGAUUCAAACUAGGAAAAUUAACCUAAAUACAAAGACGACAGUCUGUGAUUAAAAAAUCCAUGAUGAAUAAAAGCAUUUCAAACAUU